CUGUCACGUCGUUGGAUGGGAAAUAUAUAAAUUGCACAAACGAAAGCAUGCCCUUUUGAUUUGAUUAAAAAUAUAUCGCCAUCGCCACAUUUCAAAAAUAUUAUUAUCUUUGAUAUUUAUGUAUUUUGAAUGUGUUUUUGUGUUUUGCUUCUCACGACCAUGGGAGUAUAUUACCUUAUUUGGUAUUCCCUAAAUAGAGAACACUACCCAGACUAGCUGCACUUCACAGAGAAUUACUAGUAGAUGGUGAAAUAACUUCUUGGACGCUGAUGUGGGUUCGUGGAGCUUUGCGAAUGCUUAUAUAAUUAGUGCGUGCAUUCAUUGCAUCGGUUUGGUGGGACCCUGCAUUGUAACGUUCAUGUACACUGUGAAAAUCUGUUGGAGCAGCAUGUCAGUGGAGAAUGUUGCAGCAGCACCUCCUCCUCCUCCACCUCCACCUCCUUCACUGGCUCGCUCAGUGUCCAGCAAGAAGAAGCUUUACCAGGCUUUAGCAGAGGGAAGGGCCCCUGUGGAAGGGGACCAGGAAGAGGCCAGAAUUAUUCUAGGACAGAGAGAAAGCAGUUUUAGGAAGGAUCUGCAGUGGUUGCUGUUCAAUAAGUAUGUGCCUUCACUUAUUCAAGAUGGUCCACAAUGUGGUCUUGUGGCCUUAUGGAUGGCGACUCAUCUUCUGCAGCCUCCUAAGACGGUGGUGCUGGAGACACUGGUCCAGAUGGCAAAAGACAACGGCUACACUGAACAAGGGGAAAUGUUUUCUGCUAGUGAUAUGGCCAAGCUGGCAGAGGAAGUGUGUGGCUGCAGAGUUCAGAGGUUAUCAGGAGGCAUGAUGGGAGAAAACACUGCUGUCAUUCUUAAACACCUCGCUGGCGGGCAGCCUGUUCUUGUACCAUAUGAUGAGGAUUUUCAUCAUGAGCCCUGUUUACGCAAUGGCCACAAAGCCCACUGGGCAGUCAUCUCAGGUAUAUUAUUAGGUUUAAGACGGGGGUGCGUGGACAGCGAACACUUCCCCCCUGACGUCACACUUCCCUGGCUGCAUCUCUCUCGGAAUGAGGCUUCUGUCUCUUGGCCGACCGAUGACAUUAAAGAGGUGUUUGUUCUGGCUAAGCAGGGGAAGAGUUUACGUUACCAGCUGUGGAAGUUUGAGCUGGUAACACAGAGCAACUGUCAACUCAAGGAGAUGGACCCUCAGAGAGCCAGCGAUGGGACGCGUUACGUGCUUCCUCCUGGCGGCAUACAGGAUGGUCUGGCAGGACAAGCACUGCUGCUCCACACCAACACACAGAUGAGCUGAUCAAGAACAGCCAAGACUCUUCUACAGGAGCUGGUUGCACACCUGUAUUUUCAGUCCUCAUCCACUAGGCGUCGUUAUAGUUCGAGUGUUUCUAAAUGUUCUGUAAACCUAAGAGACUGAUGCAGAAUAAGGUAAUUAUACUGCAUAGGAUAUUAGGAUUUCACAAUGAAGAAUGGUUACAGAGAUAGAUUCUUAUUUGUAGUUUGGUUUGAAAUCUAUUUCACAAGCUUUUGAAACAAAAGUGGUUUUAAAGAAUAAACUGCUAGAUUUUCUCA